AUGGCUCUCCCUCCUCAGCUCUUCAAGGUCUUGGAUAAUCUCAAGGACCAGGCAAAGGACGCGCUUUGGGCGCUGUCGUCCUGCAUAUGUCAGCAGUCGGCAAAGGUAAAAAUAAAUGGAAGGACAUUCGAUAUCGUCAAGGUCCUCGGGGAGGGAGGCUUCUCAUUCGUGUAUUUGGCCCAGGAUGAAAGCAGCGGGCGGCAAUUCGCCCUGAAGAAGAUUCGGUGUCCUACCGGCUCAGAGGGUGUGAAGGAAGCUAUGAGGGAGGUGGAAGCCUACAGAAGAUUCAAACACCCAAACAUCAUCCGCAUCCUGGACUCGGCUGUCGUCCAAGACCCAGAAGGCGACGGUAAAAUUGUCUACCUCUUCCUCCCCUUAUACAAGCGAGGCAACCUGCAAGACGCUAUCAACGCCAACCUCAUCAACGGCUCACAUUUCUCAGAAAAGGACAUGCUACGCCUGUUCAAGGGGACGUGCGAAGCCGUCCGUGCAAUGCACGACUACCACGGGCCCAAGGCAUCCACGAAUCCUUCCCGGACGAACCUCGGGUCCUCAUCUCGGCGGCAGCAGCGUAGUCCCAGCCCAUCUCGACACUCGGACGAGAUGCUCCCGCAUCCUGAGGGCGAUAACGAGGGUGGUUAUUCCUACGAUGGUGCGAGCGUACCGUUGGUAACGCGGCAAGCCGAGGACGAGGGAGACGUCGUGUAUGACGGAGACCAGGAGCUGGCCAAUGAUGACCACACCGGCGAGAAGGAAUUGAUACCAUAUGCCCACAGAGAUCUGAAACCUGGGAAUAUUAUGAUCGCCGACGACGGCGUCACUCCAAUAUUAAUGGACUUUGGGAGUUGUAUGAAGGCCCGGAUACCGAUCGAGAACCGUUCACAGGCGCUGCUGCAACAGGAUAUUGCGGCGGAGAAGAGUACCAUGGCCUACCGAGCGCCUGAACUCUUCGAUGUCAAGACAGGCAUCAUGCUUGACGAGAAAGUUGACAUAUGGUCACUGGGCUGCACGCUCUAUGCCCUCGCCUACUCUCACUCGCCCUUCGAGAAUCUGCAGACGACGGAACAGGGAGGCUCAAUAGCCAUGGCCGUCAUGAAUGCGCGGUACAAGCAUCCGGCGUCGUCGUACUCUCAGGGCUUGAACGACUUGAUCGACAGUAUGCUCAAGGUCAACCCGAAGGAUAGGCCAGAUAUACAUCAGGUCAUCGAGAUGACCGAUAGGGUAUUGCAGAGUCUGAGCUGAGGCGCUGUGAUUGAGUAGAGCUUUCGUAUUUAUUGCUGGUUUGGUGUGCCCAUCGGACUAUCGUUUUCAUCAUAUAUCCGCUUUCGUCACGGAGCGAUGUGCGUCGUUCCUGCAUG